AUGGCCUCAGACCAAUGGUCGGUGGUGACUGAGCCUCAUGUCAAGACCUCGAAAGGCCUUCGGAAGCCCGACAUAGUAGCCGCUAAAGGAGGCGUCGGAGUGAUCGUGGACGUUCAGGUAGUCUCGGGCCAGCGGCCCCUCGAUGAUGCUCACCGUGAGAAACGUAGUAAAUACUGGACUCACGAGGAGUUAGUUGAGAAGGUUGCUGGUAUACUACGACUACCCAACAAGGAUUGCGUCCACGCGACCUCUUGUACGAUCUCUUGGCGAGGUGUUUGGAGUCACUCCUCCUAUAAGGAGUUGAAGAGACUCCUAGAGCUGAAGAAGAGUCUGUUGAGAGUUAUACCAGUGGUGGUAUUGCGCGGCUCGCACAUGAACUGGACACGAUUCAGUCAGAUGACCGGGACUGUGGUGGGAACCCCAGUGAGAGUGCCCGGGGUCCUGUGGGACUCCUGGGCUGCUGCCGAGCCCUUGGUGGUCCCCUGUGCUGAGCUAAAUAUUUCUAAGUUUAAGUAUUUCUUUUAA